CUUUACCACCCCUUUUCUCGAAUAUCCCAUUUUAUUUACGCAUAAGCAUAAAUCUCACGAACAUUGCAUAUGUAAUGUACACUUCUCAGUUAAUGUCUUAUAGUUUAUAAUUGAUUUCCGAUUUGUGAAUGAAUUAAAUUCCAAAGAUGGGACGCUUUACUAUUUCUUUUAAUAAAUAUCGGGAUCAUAAUCAAGUUUAAAAAUUGUCCAGAAGACAAUUAUUUUUUCAAGAUUAUUCAAGACCAGGGUGCUUGACAAUGUCAAGCACUUUGUACUUUGACAUAUUAAAUUUUGUGAAAAUUAUUCUUUUAUAAUAUAUGAGAAUGUUUUCAGGCUUCGCAUAUUACUUUGGUUUUGAAAAUUUCAUAUUUUUCCCAUGUGCUUUAAUGAAUCUGUUUCAAGUUUUUUUUUUCAGGAAAUAUGGGAUUAUUUUCAGGAAAUGUGGGAUUAUAUUUAUUAAAGGAAUAAAUAAACAAAUAUGAAGGUUUCUAAGAUAGAGUGUGUACGAAGCCUGAAAGUCUUCCCCCAUAUUGACAUCCAUUAGUUAAAAUCCUGGAAUUUGAAUCUACUAAAAAUUUUAAAAGAAAAAGAUUAAGACAUUGAUGGACGGAUAACAAAAGUAAUAAAAAAAUAUUGCGAAGUUAUAUCAAAUAAAACUCCAUAUUGUGUCAAUUGAAAGUAUUUUCUUGAUAACCUGCAUAGGAAUUAUGUAGGUUUAUUAAAAAAGAAUAUUUUGGGCAUGACUUCCCUUUUAUAGUCACGGCUUUUAUUCCUCUUCUCGAAUUGAAAUGGGAGUGGUUUAAUAUACAAGGAUGUGCAUUAUUUCCAUAAUCAAUAUAACACAUAAAAUCAUAAGAAAAACACAAGUUUAUAUAGGUUAAACUGGCCAACAGGGCAGCGGAAAUAAAUUUUGUUCUUUUCUGAAAAAAUAAAACAAGUUUCAAUUUGAUUAUUUAAUAUGACCAAUUUUCUAAGUAAAUGGACUAUACAUUGAAAACAUUUUUUCGCAUAUAUCUAAAGGAAACUGGACGUAGUGAAAAUUGAAAUAAUUACACAAUUAAUAUGUGUAUCUAAAUUAUAUUACGUUAAAGCUCAGCUUCCUUUAUGUACGAAAAAUAUCGUUUUCAGUUUUCAAUGUAGAUCUACCUCCCCCUACUUAUUUUAUUUCUUUCAUUCCGAUGUUUUUUUUCUUCUCUUUUUAGUAAAUAAGAAAAUGUCUGCAAAUAUUAAUCCUCAUCCAUCGUAUGUUUUUUUUUUUGAAAUUUUGCAAAUUUAUUGAAUAUAAAAUGUUAUUUAAUAAUGAUGAGGUAGAACACCCUUGUCAAAUUCUUUUUCAGAAUAUUUCUAUCGACAGGUUAUUCUGCAGGAAAGGUCAAAUAAUAACAGUGAAACUGAAAAAGGUGUAAAUUUAUGAGGUUUAUUGUGAGUUUAGGCGUUAAAAGGUGACAUAAAAUCGUUUAUCGAAAGCCUUAUAUUGAUUUCCUUGAAGGGUGCAUCCUCCCCAAGUCAAAGUCUCGAACACAAUUUCUCCCCAAUCAAUUCCCUAAACUUGAUUAUCCUUCUUUUUGGUUCAUUCAAUGGCUUCUGGGUGAUAAAUAACUCCUCAAUUUAGCCACCUCGUGGAGACGAAACUUGUUUUCCCAGUCGCAUUCUUUCCUUCUGGACAUUCCACAUGCUCUGGGCACAUGUAGGAGGGUGGACUGAGAGAGCCUAGUACUUCCUCCAACGUCAUUUCCUCAGCCGGUUCUCUCAUUGAAAACGCAUCAUUGGAAAGGUUCCCAGUGGAAUAUUUUUCGCUCUGGAGAGAGACAUUUUCCACUCUUGCGCCUUUAGCUACUCUCCCUAAAUUUCCCCAAUUUUCAUGCCGUCACGUUGCUCAACAGUCCUCAGUUUUCAUUCAGUACCGGCGAUGGCAUUCAGUUCAUCGUUGAACGGCGCGUACGAAGCAUCUGCUUCUUGUUUCGUCCCGGAAAACGUCCUCGUGGUGCAAUUUUUAUAUCCCCAGAAGAACACUUUAUCACUCCUCUUGGUGUCAUAUUGAUAAUUUAGUGCAAUUGAGAAUAUUUAAUAACCAAAAGUGUGGGUAGAUCAGACUUUUUUAAUCUUUGCUCUUUUUAUGGUUAAAUGGACAUUUGUGCAAGAGAGACUGACUGAUAUGUGUUGAGGAAUUUUUGCAUUUCUACAAAAGAACAAAAAAUGAAGAUUCGCAAUGAAUUAAACUAAUUGAACAGACCACAUUAAGAUGAAACAAUAACUAAAAAAAAACCACAACAAUAAACCAAUAAGUGAUUCGUGGAAUUUAUCCAGCAUCUCAUCUUUAUUAUUCCUUUCUGUCCACUCUCAACCCAAAUCGGUUGGGAAGCAAGAGUAUUUUCUGUGCUAUUUGAGGCAUUCUCCGAAGUUAACCUCCAUAUUCUUUUAAUAGAAUUCACGGAACUAAAUCGAAGUGAGAGAAAAUAAUUUGUGAAGGGAAAAUUUUUCUCCCACAAAACAAAAAAAAAAAACAAACGAAAAUAAUAAGAGAAUCACCACAGCAAAAAAAAUCCAGUGUAGCUUGUGAUGAGAUUUUUGUGGAACAUUUGCUAAAUUGGAAUGGAAGGGAAAAUGGGUUCGAAGAGUUAGAAUUUGGGGGUGAAAGUCACGCGAAUUGAUUGAGAGAGGAAAGGCGAGGUGGUUCAAGUGUCAUUGAUUAUUUUAUUUGCUCAACAUUUUCAUCGUAGACCAAAAUUAAAUGAAAUAGAGACUGUGGAUGUGAUUUAUAUAUUUUUUUCGAAGUGGACAGGAGACAGUGAGAACGUGACGAAAAGUGUGGAAUGGCGAAAAAAUCUGCCAAUUUUGUGAUUCCAUCCGGAAUUCCCAAGAGUGGACACAAUCAAUGAGUUGAAUUCGUUGGCGGAAACACCAAUUUACUUCUAUGAUCAAUAACCGCACGUUGAGUGACCAUUUCAAUUUACUCCACUCUUGCAUCUCGAUCACUGAAUGAUUAUUCCAUGUAGUCGAAUGGUGGUUAAUACGGUGGAUUGAUUGAGACGUGCAUGUGGGUGGAAACAGUUUUUGGCCAGAACACUCCCUCAACUUUCGUCAACAUUAUGCUAUACUCUGGUUUAGCCAGAGGUAUCACUCAAACCGCCAUCCAACAGUGGUAGACGCUGUGAAAGCGAAUGGAGGGCAUAUUGACAUUGUAGCUAAUAUCAGCAAAAUAUCAGCAUGUCCACUACAAAGAGGAUGGCCCAGGGUCAUAAAGUGUCGUCCAGUGGACAGGGACUCCAUAAGAAUAGUCGAGCUACAGAGAUACUAAACUCCUCGGAUCGCGGUGGCUUUUGUGGGGCACUUCAGAGGACCCCUCCUCCCAUGCCGGCCGCAAUCUCACGCAGACUGGCCAACAGAGAAAAUGCUGGAAUUGGCAAGGUCAAAGUGAUGCUCAGAAUAGCAGACAAUCCAGUCACGUCUGACGAGGGUGCUUCUUCCAGUUUCCUGACGGUAGACAAGAAGAAGCGCCAGGUAACGCUCUCUGAUCCCAGCCAGGCAUCCCUGGCAGCAGCUUCUCAUCCCAGUGGCUCUCAGGAACGAGGUCCAAUGGUGGCCGCACCUAAGAUGUUUGCCUUUGAUGGACUCUUCACUCCCGACGACUCCCAAUCGGACCUCUCUUCUGCCGCACUCAGUGAAGUCAUUCCUGCUGUACUGGAUGGUUCAGAUGGAUGUUUACUGGCAUUGGGGUAUCCAGGGGCAGGCCAAUCGAAGUCAAUGAUGGGAUCGAUCAAUGGUGCUGGUGACUUGGGCGCUAUUCCUUGUGCUAUAUCCUGGCUGUAUCGUGGCAUCAAUGAGAGACGCCAGAAAUCUGGAGCAAGAUUUUCAGUUAGAGUGUCUGCACUUGGUGUUAAUGCCACAAAACCAGGAUCGACUUCGAGAGAUUUACUAGCAGCACAUGCUACAGAAUCCGACGAGUCGCCAGGUGUGUACUUGCGCGAUGAUUUCUUGGGUGGACCCACAGAACUGAGGGCACCAACAGCAGAGAGAGCGGCUCUUUUUCUGGACACUGCCUUGGCUGGACGUGCCACAGGGCAUAACAGUCCCCUGGAGCCUGCUCUGAUCUUCACCCUGCAUGUGUAUCAGUACAGUCUAGCUGGAAAAGGAGGUGUGGCCGGAGGUAGGAGUCGAUUGCAUUUGGUUGACUUGGGGGGCUGUGCAAAUCGAGCUGGUGGAUUACCUCUGUCGGGUAUCGGGAAUGUUUUACUUGCGAUAUUGAGUGGCCAAAGGCAUCCGCCAAACAGGGACCAUCCCCUCACACCUCUACUCAAAGACUGUCUCGCUCCAAUCACUUGUCAUGUUACAGUUCUUGCUCACGUGACUCAUUCUCAGAGUCACUCAGACGCGCUCACAACGAUUCAGUUAGCAUCCCGAAUUCAUCGAAUGCGUCGACGAAAACAUAGAUUUCAGCUAUCAGGUGCCGAUAAAGGCAUAUCCCUAGGUUCCAGUGCAACAGGUCAUCAAUCUGGAGGAUCUUCAGAAGGACCAGACCCAUCUAGUUCAGACCUUUCCGCUGACACAGUGAUCUAUAUGGGUCCAUGUGAUGAUCAGACUGACGGAGAACACCCACCUGUUUACCUACCUAGUCUCAGUUCUGGUGACAAUAGGUGCGCUAUGCAGAAGGUCCUAAAGGGAACAACAGCUGAGAAACCUAAUAAGUCUCCGGCAAAGAAAGUUGCUUCGAAGCAAGAGUUUCCCCAGUCUUACCAACAACCUAAUAUGGCGUCUGGAGUUGCGUCCCAAAACACUUUGGUUACAGCUCAGAGAACGGACAGCCUCAAAAGAAACUACGAUCCAGGUUAUCAGAAUACAACGAUGAGUCCAGUUAAACAGAAAAUCCCAACGAGUCCCUAUAAAUAUCCAAUGAGCCUCAAUAAAGCUUCAAAUGUUCCCACCCCUAAGGGUUCACCCCUAAGGCGACCAAAUAUGGUUAACUCACCCCACGAUAGUCCUGUUAGGAAAAUAACCGAGGAGAAAUGGAUAGAUGGGCCUAGAGUGUCUAGAUCCAAGGUGGCAGAAGCACGACACUUAAUGCGUGAGAUUAACCACGUUAAGCAAUGUGAAACGUGGGUGGACGGUCCAAAGACCGCAUCGCAAAAUACGUCAAAGACCUUAGUUGCUGGUUGUCUUCCUGGUUCCCUUAAUCCUAACGGAGCGUACGGUUUCAUGGACAGUCACAAGAAAUCAAUGAUUCGGCAGUGGGUAGAAAAUCAGACGAGUCAGAUGCUAAGCAGUGGUCAUCAGCUGGCGGUAUCGUCACCAUCGUCUCCCCAUCACCAGAAACCAACAUAUCACAUGACUCAGUUCAAGUGUAGUAGGUCUGAAGACGAUCAGCGAUCAGCGAUAGUGCAUGACAGUGGUGCCAAAAGAGAAGAGGAGAACCAUUCAGAACAUACUGCCAACACUUGUCCACAGCCAACAACAACGACUGCCAAUGAGAAUCAAGAAGAGGAAGAUCAGGACAGUGGUCCAUCAGAAGUUCCACCGGCCCUACCUUUAAUCGAUCGGUUAGGAUCCAGAGAGAUCUCUCACGAAAGCCUUCACUUAGGAUCAUCUUGUUCACGCCAUAUUUCGAGGGAAAAUUUACCAGGAGUCCAGAUGAUGGAUUGCGGAUUGCAGGUUACAGAGGAAGAAAUAGCAAGGACGAUGGGUAGUGGUAUUGGAGCAGACCAUCCACUGAGCGCUCUAAGUCACGGAGAUAUGUCCAUUGUGUCCAGUUUUCACGUUGGAGACACUUUCAGCGAUUGCGUCAUUGGUGAUAACUCAAGGCACCAGUUUGAUCAGCUAGCCCGGUUGCGGGAGAUCUUCACGUCACAACUGGCCAUGGCCGAAGUUACUCCAGUGUUCAGAGUAGGUGGGGACGCCGGAAGCGUCUACAGUGAACCUGCAUACCGUUUCAAUGGUGGAACUGGGAGUGUUUGUAGUGAACCAGUCUGUAGAGCCCCUUCUCCACGUUGUAGAGAUUGCCGUCAGUCUAUCACACUCUCUCGAUCCCCUAGUCAAACCUCCCUGCCUAGCCUCAAUGGUAUUGUUGCGAUAGCAGGAAUGGAACAGUAUGCUUCCCUAAGGCAUCCUGAUGGUGCUUCGGAUCCAAAUUUGCAGAAGAUCGCUCAACUAGAUCUUGAAGAUAACAAACCACCACCUUCUCCUGCUAUCGAGGAGGACUGUGGAAAAAUGUUGGCAGAUACUCCCCUGCUUUCUCAAACGCAGCUUCCUCAACUUCCACCUCUUCCCUUGUCCACAUCUGAAGCCUACGACAGUGGGCACGAUUCGACGCCCCGAACAUCUAAACAUUCGGGUAUUUCUAGGCGAGCUGAAAGCGGAUAUCACAGUGUCGCCACCGUACGGGAUAGUGAUGAAUCCAGUUUCAGUUCAGCAGCUGGCUCGAAGGUACCACCUAGAGAACCUCAGAAAAUCCAUGCUAAGAAAUCCAAGCGCAACGACAAGUCACUCUGUCACUGGCUUAGAAGCCCUUUCACCUGCACGUAUCCUGACACUGAAGGUGAGGUUAGUGAUUUCUAAAUGACAUUUUCUAUAGCGGCAGCGCCAUCUAGCGACCCAGUGGACAAAUUGUAGUGCAACGAAGAAUUUGCACAACAAAUAGAUAAUUUAGUGCAAAGAAUGGUGACGAUGCACAAGCACUAAAUCAAUAAGCCAAUAAUAAUUUUGAGCAUUUUUUGCCAAUUUAAUCGUAAAAUGUUUUGCGUUACCAUAUGCACAUUUUAAAUGAAAAAUUGUUGUUGUGACAUUAAAUUUUGCAAGAAUUUAAUUCGUUAUUGUUAGUGCACGCGAGUUAUUUGUUAAUUUUGACAUAGUACGGAAAAUUACACGCCACAUUUAUCCUUCCAUCUCCUACCUAAUUUUUAGCAUAUUGACUCAAUAUAAAAAUUCACUUUUUUUAAUCAUUUUUCAUUGCUAAAAUGGAGAUGGGAAAAUUGUGAAAAUUUCACAAAUAUUCUUUUGUAUUUUCAAUCAUACUGCAAAAUUCCUGGCUGAAGCGCUUAAUUAAUGAAUACCCAUCCUUUGUGUCCGAAUAAUUUUCAUAUUAAAACAAAUUACUAGUGAAUUUAUUGAGAUAAAUAAAGAGAAAUUCCCCAAAAAAACAAAAAAA